GUCGAGUGUUUCAGCAUUCAAUGAAUGCGCCUCGUGUGUCCAUCAAUCUAUCCGCCACAUGGUCCACGAUCGUCAGUCACCCUGUCUGCUGCACCACACUAGUGCUCGGCUGCCCCAUUUCAGCCACGCCCUCCGCCCCGUUGAUGACGCUAGCUUCUGCACCAGGCUGCUGUUGUUGCUGCUGCUGCACAGCUGCUGGUCGGCUGCCUUGUGCAGGUUUGAGUACGGGGAAUGCGAUGACGUCUCGUAUGGAGGUGCUGUUGGUGAGGAGCAUCGUCAGCCGGUCGAUGCCCACACCGAGACCACCAGUGGGCGGCAUGCCGUACUCGAGCGCCGUCACAAAGUCCUGACCGUGACAACCAACACACACCCAUCAGUCUUUGCCCUGCCUGUUGGUCGGUCGGCAGUGCAGUGCAGUGGCGUGCAUACCUCGUCCAUCUGGUGCGCCUCGUCAUCUCCCGCCUCCCUCUCCCUCAGCUGCGCCUCAAAGCGCCUCCUCUGGUCACGGGGGUCAUUCAGCUCAGUAAAGCCGUUGGCCACUUCCCACCCAUAGAUGUACGUCUCAAACCGGUCGGUCAGGCGCGGGUCAUCGUCGGCCGCACGGGCGAGUGGGCUGAUGUCCAGGGGGAACUUGGUGACGUGGAUGGGGUGGGGGAGGGUGCGGAGGGAGGGCUCCACGAAAUGCUCGAAGGCCGACUCGACGAUCUUGCCCCACGACCGGAGCCGCGAGCAAUCGAGGCCGAGCGACUCGGCCUUUUCUCUUGCCUGUUGCGAUGCAGGCACAGCAUAGCACAGGGAGCCUUUGUCUGUGACAGACAGAGUGGGUGGGUGCUUCCCUUCCCGCCCGGCUCACUCACUUGUUGGUAUCUGUCGCAUGCCAUGAAGUCGACGCCCGUGUGGUUAAGCACCAGCUCAGUCAUCGUGUGGCGGGGCCAGGGGGCCGUCAGGCCAAUCCGCUGGCCCUGAUACUCCACUGCCAGAGGGCUGCCCUCCCCUUCCCCCUCCCCUCUGCUGACGACUUGGGCGGUGCUUGUGGCGGCCUGCGUGACGAGGGUCUCUGUGAGUGUCAUCAUGUGGUCGGCCGUGGCGUAGGCCCAGUACACCUCCACUGUGGUGAACUCGGGGUUGUGCCGCGUCGACAGGCCCUCGUUGCGGAAACACCGAUUCAACUCAAACACCUGCAGAGGGAGGUAGACACACAUCUAUGCAGUCAGGUGGACGGUGGGAUGAGUGUCUUGUGUGUCCGUGUGUGGCCUUGCCUUGUCUGAGAGUCCGCCCACAAUGAGCCGCUUCAAGUGCAGCUCAGGUGCGAUACGCAGAUACAGAUCCAUGUCCAGCUGACACACCACACACAGGACAGGUGAAAAGACCACACAGCGUGUUUCUUUGCCACUGGGCACAAGUCAGUCAGUGUGUGCCUGUGGUCUGUCUCAUCAAUGAUCUUACUGCAUUGUGGUGCGUGACGAAGGGCCUUGCAGCCGCGCCGCCCGCGAUGGUCUGCAGCAUGGGCGUCUCGACCUCCAGGAAGCCGGCGGCCUCCAAUGACGACCGAAUAGCACUCAUCAGCACACAUCGAGCCCGCAGGGUCUGCCGAGAGCCCUCAUUCACUAUCAAAUCAACAUACCUGCACAUCACGUACACACGCAGGGAAUACAACCCCCACACGCUGUCACGCCAUAUUAUCUGCAAACCUACCGCUGUCUGUAUUUGACUUCCACGUCAGUGAGUCUUGUCCACUUGUUGGGCAGCGGCAGCAGACACUUAGCCAGCAGGUGCAGCUGCCUCGCGUUGACAGUCAGCUCCCCCCUCGGCGUGCGGCGCACCCUGCCCUCCACGCCAAUGACGUCGCCCACAUCGAACAACGCCAGCAGGUCCGCACACCCGCCGCCUCCCUCCGGCACCCUCAGGUGGUCCUUGUGGCAAAAGAUCUGCAGCCGAUGGACGCCGUCGUCCAGGUCAAUGAACAUGCCCUUGUUACGCAUGGACGCGAUGCGCCCGGCCACCACGACGGCCUCGCCGUCAGCGGCCUCUUCGCCUGGCUGCAGCUCGUCAUAGCGCCGCCGCAGCUCGCCCAGUGAGAGGGAUGGCUCAAAGCCAGAAGGGUAGGCAGGCUGUCCGUAGUCGUCACGGAUGGCUGCCAGCUUCUCCAGCCGCAACGCACGGAUCUCGCCCCUCUUGCCCUCAUCCAUAGGCCCUUCAUCGCCGUCGCCGUCGUCACUGUCUUGUCGCUUCUUCUUGCCUUUUGCAAGUAACACACUCCUGCUGCGCCAGACGAUGCCUCUUCUUCGCUGAGCCGCGGUCAGAGGGACAUGCUGAGAGGACAGGAAUGCAGGAGGGGAUGGGACGGCCGCUUCUGUGGUCGAUAGCUGGUCGAAGAUCCCAAUAGCCGUCAGCAUGAGGACGGCCGAUGGAUCAAUCUGCAUGCUGCAAGAAGGCAGCAGCCUCACAGAGCCACAGAUGAUGCAGAUCUCGAAAUCUUUAGUCAGGCCUGCAUGUUUCUGGA